AUGGGUAUGCUACGCCCGGAGUCUGAUAAUGCUAAGCCCAAAAGACCUGCUGACAACCAGGUAUCCCACCUCUACCACACCCUCAUAUACACCAGGGAUGUGGAGAUAUCCUCACAGGUUGCAUGGACCGCUCCCUCGACCAGUCCCAUCCGUACCUGGUAA